CCUUUAGAGCGGGCAUUGGAAUCACUAAAAACACGGAAGCCCUUGACAUUGUGAAAAUCUGAUUGCAAAUUGAAUCUGAUGGGUAAACCAUGGGAUGGGCCAGUUUACCAAAACGAGGUUCCAGUUAUUACGUAGUACACAUGUAUUUUGCAGAUCCAGGCCUGGUAGUGGAAGGAAACGCAGUGGACCACUGGUUGUCUUGCUAAGGAAUAAAUAAUAUAUUUCUUCAAACAUUCAGUUGUGUAUUACAGAGAAAGGAUUGGCUACCGCAGUUGAACAGUUUUGGAUUAACUCAAGCUUUCUUUGGGAGAGGGGUCUUGAAAAGCAAGUCCCACUUGGAUGCCCAAAUACAGUGUGUUUUUCAAGAUUUCAUCAUGAAUCGGAAUAAGCGUGAAAAAGAGUAUUACAGUUUAGACGUCGGAGAUUCCACUUUCACGGUUUUGAAGCGCUAUCAGAACCUCAGACCCAUAGGAUCUGGAGCCCAGGGGAUCGUCUGCUCAGCAUAUGACCACAACCUCGAGCGAAAUGUUGCUAUUAAGAAACUCAGUCGACCUUUUCAGAACCAGACUCACGCCAAACGUGCUUACAGAGAGCUGGUACUCAUGAAGUGUGUCAACCAUAAGAACAUCAUAGGCCUAUUAAAUGUUUUCACACCACAGAAGACACUAGAGGAGUUUCAGGACGUGUACCUGGUGAUGGAGCUGAUGGAUGCCAACCUGUGCCAGGUCAUUCAGAUGGAGCUGGACCACGAGAGGCUGUCCUACCUGCUCUACCAGAUGCUGUGUGGCAUCAAGCACCUCCACGCUGCUGGCAUCAUACACAGGGAUUUGAAGCCCAGCAACAUUGUGGUGAAGUCCGACUGCACACUGAAAAUCCUCGACUUUGGCCUGGCCAGAACAGCUGCCACCGGCCUCCUCAUGACCCCCUAUGUUGUGACACGCUACUACCGUGCCCCUGAGGUCAUCCUGGGGAUGGGCUACCAAGCCAAUGUGGAUAUAUGGGCUGUGGGCUGCAUUAUGGCAGAAAUGGUUCGCCACAAAAUCCUUUUUCCAGGAAGGGAUUAUAUCGACCAGUGGAACAAGGUGAUUGAACAGCUGGGGACUCCGUCUCAGGAGUUCCUGAUGAAGCUUAACCAGUCGGUAAGGACCUAUGUGGAGAACCGACCUCGCUACGCCGGCUACAGCUUCGAGAAGCUCUUCCCUGACGUCCUCUUCCCCGCCGACUCGGAACACAACAAACUGAAAGCGAGUCAAGCCAGAGACCUAUUAUCUAAAAUGCUGGUAAUAGAUGCAUCCAAACGGAUCUCGGUGGAUGAGGCUCUGCAGCACUCCUACAUAAAUGUUUGGUAUGAUCCGACUGAAGUGGAGGCGCCUCCACCCCUCAUCACAGACAAACAGCUGGAUGAGAGAGAGCACACUGUUGACGAGUGGAAAGAGUUGAUAUACAAGGAGGUGUUUGACUGGGAGGAAAGGACGAAGAAUGGAGUGAUCAGGGGACAGCCAGCCUCUCUAGGUGCAGCAGUGAGUGGAGACACCCAGCAGCACCAGCAGCAUCCCCACCCUUCCACCUCCUCCUCCACGUCUGUCAACGAUGUGUCCUCCAUGUCUACCAACCCCACCCUGACCGACACGGACAGCAGCCUGGAGACGGCCACCACAGCAGGGGGCCCGCUGGGCUGCUGCAGAUGACUAUCAACUUGUCCUCCUGGCCUGGCCUCCAGUCCUACCCCUCUCCCUGCCCCCAUCCGGACAUGGCUCUCACCUCUCCGCUUGUCUUCAAUGGUGUAGCAUUUAGGCCAGUUUUUUGCUGUUUUAUGUGUUUGUUUUCUGAAACGAACAAAAGAAACCUUUUUUUUUCGAACUGCUACAGAGUUGUUAUUUUAGUUAGUUAGGUUUAUUUUAUUUUUUAUUCCUGGCUGUAAUUUAUUGUUGCAUAUCUUUAUUUUGGAUUUUUGGGGAGCCGAAGACAGAGAUCGUAAAAAUGUCACUAUGCUUCGGUUUCUUAACAAUAUUGAGAAUUUUUUUGAGAAACAUCUUUAAAAGCUUUCAUGUGACUUGGACGUAUUUUUUUAAGUCGAUCAUUUUACUUCAAGCUACUGCUAUUUCAACUUGCCAUAUCAAUGUAGAAUGGGUUUGUACAGAUUUUAUGGUAAAUACAGUAUAUAUUUUUUUUCAGUUUGCAGUGAGCCAUUUUAAACAUAAUUUUAUUGAUAAAUGUAUGAUUUUAGAUCUUCCCUGCAGAAUCAUACAAUUUUAUUUAGCCUUUUUUGAUUCUUAACUAUCAGAUAUUGUGUAUAAAAAGAAGAGUUUCCUCUUGUGAGUCACUACUUCCUUGUAAAAAGUUUCAAGUUUAUGAAAGCUUUAUUUUUUGCUAGCUUAUGUUUAGUUUAGUCUUAAGAUAUCUCAAAAUGCUGUUUGAAUUCAGAAUUUUCCUAUGGGAUAUAAGAUGAGUCCCCUCUUCAGAUUUGUGAUUUUGCCAGUUUUAAAUUUGUGGUUGUCGUAUAGUCCAUGAAUGGUGCAGUUAGGGUCACUUAAGAGCUUUCAGAAAGGAUCAUAAUUUGUUUUCUCCACGACUGCACUGGUUUGUUAUAAAUAUUCUACGGGUGGAUCUUGUUUUAAUCGUAGGCGGUUUUGAUGUUGACGUAUGACUGAGAAACGUGUGAGAGCUUAGAGAGGAGAAGCAGGAGUUGAGCUCGCAUAGCUUUUGAGAAGGGAGUCAGAACAUGGAAGUAAGGGAUGGUUUGAGGAUGUGAUGAAAUUGGUCUUUGGCAAGAUAAAGGUUCUUUGGGUUCCUUGAGGAUUUUUAUUUUUACAAUUAUCUGUAUCCCAUUGUGCAAUUGAUGUACAUUCACAAUUUUAAUACAGCUUGCAGUAUGUUGAAAAUCAAUUUGGAAAUGACUAGGUACAGUAUCAGAAUUGAAGAGUAAUAAUAGCUAAGGAAAUUGGCUACCUGCAUGCGUGCACUAAAUCAAGUCACCCCUUUGGUCUAGUACGUUGACAAGGCAACAGAACCAUGAUUAAAUCAGAUGAGUCAUUGCUUAAAUGACUCUUAACUGUAUGCAAUAAUGGUGUCCUUCCAUGUGGUGUUUUGAGUUUGCUUUUAAAAAGGAAAAGUGCCUGUAGUUUGUCAAGCAUUCAUUCCUAGGAAAAGGAGUAUUCAUCUGUGUAAAGGUUAAUGGUGUCUAAAAAAAAAACAAAGUCAAUCACAAGUGAGGCGGUUGUAGUCACAAAUGUUUUGUAUAUUUUUCUACUGCAUCGGUUUUGACCCUGAAGUUGGACACAGUAGUCUUUUGAGAGAGGUAGUAUGGUAAUUUAUGCGUCAAAGUAUUUUAGCACAUAGGUUUGAAUAACUUUGACAGGACAGUUUUAUCAAGGUCUUUCAUCAAAGUAAAAAUUAGUAAAUAAUUGUUUUCUAUAACAGAGAAUGAUAUGCUUGUUUGCUAUGGGUUUGCGGCUUUAUACUUUGCAUAUUAACAAAAAUGUGCUGAUUGUAGAAGGAGGAAAUGAUGGGAAUAUCCUCUUUUGUUUUAAUCGAAAUUUCUCAAUGAACCAAAUUGUUUAUGUUGAAAGGUGACUAAAUGGCUGUGGUGUUGUGUUUGUGGAAGGGUGCAUUCCAGAAUGCCAGCCUUGGUGGGGUUGUGUAACUGGUUAUCUGGGAAUGAAAAGUGUGUUGUGAUAGAGGUAGGGGAAGGGGUGGAUAGCAGCCAUUGAUAGGUAUACAAUGUUAAAGUAGCUGUAACACAAGAAAAUAAUUAAUCAGAAAAGAACACCUUUUUGUUGUUGUUUUUAAGUGCUCUUAAUUUUCUUAGCCCAACAUACAGUACAGGGAUGCAAAUGAGGAUUUAUUAAAGUAACUGUUGCUUCUGUGAUUUUUUUAAUUGCAUCUCUAAAAUUGUAAUUGUCCUGAUUUAAAUAGACUUUGAUGAACUACCUCACACUAAAUUUCUACCAGUUCUUGGAUACUUUAGUUGCCCACAUAAUUAGCUAGCAAAGACAUGUGAAUAGAGAUUCCAUUAUUUAUUUAUUUGAAAGUGUACUAUUGUCAAUGUUAGGAGACCUAUAGUUUUGUAUAUUAUGUAUACUUCACCUAGAAGUAAAGAGAACUGUUUAUGUAAAUUUCCUUCUUUUCUUUUUCUUAAUUUUUUUAUUUUCUUUUUUACAGUUCAUGUGCAAUACCUUCUGCAAAUUGUGCUAGUAGUAAGUGAUGGAUCUAGCCCAUGUUAGUAGUAUGUUUCUGAAGGUAGAGAAGUGUUUGGUACUGUCAAUCCAUGUUUUCCUUUUUUUUAUGAAUUAUUAGGAUGAUUCUCUGUGACUUGUUUAUAGUCAUGAUGUUACGUAAUCAGUCUUACCUGUCCAUCAAGUCUGCGGUCAGAGGGGUGUCGAGAGCGAGUCACAUCACGCACGGCCAUUGAGAUUUUGAUUGUUAUGUGGUAAGGCCAAAAUAAUGUUAAUCAAAAAAAAAAAAAGAUAAGUUAACGCCUAAAACAAACUCAUAUAUGUAUGGUGCUGGUUUGUAAUGUUUGCUAGUGAAGCCAGCCAUGCAAGUAGUUAAGAUUUCCUGGCUCUGCGACGUGUCCCUGAAAACCGCAACCAAUGAGAAGUGCACUACUAGAAUUAAUGCACUGGGAUCUGACAAUGCCUACAUAAAAAAAAACAUGUACUGCAAAUAAAAGAAAAUACAAUUUGAA